UCGGAAGAGUCCGCGGAACAGUAUUUAGCAACACGCUUUCUGUACGCACGAUCAUGAUGCCUGACUCGAUCACAGACAGCGGCCAAAACCUGCUGUGCUAACCCAACGGGCAAGGCGUCCUAAUCCAGCAGGAAACGGGCGACAUGCCACUUUGGGACCGUGCGCAGUCAACCCGGCCCCGAGUCAUCCUGCUGCUGCUUCUGCUGCUUCCCAACCACUCGCCCAGCUACGAUGACGACCUCACCCGUGUACGCCUACUUCGUGCUCGCCAUCGGGGCGCUGUUCGUCUACUGGCGGCGCCUCCGCGCGCACGCGACGCUCAGACCCCCGCCUGGGCCCCCCGGGCUCCCUAUCCUGGGCAACCUGCUCGACAUGCCGUCCGACCCUCGCGUGUGGGAAACGUUUGCGCGCUGGGGCAAGGAGUACCGGUCACGCAUUCAACAGAGUCGGAUGUGGUGUCCGUGAACGUGCUCGGCAAGCCUAUCGUCGUGCUCUCGUCCAUGGGUGCCAUUCAUGAUCUGCUGGAUCGGCGCGGGGCGAUCUACUCCGGAAGAUGCGAGCAGGGGCCGACUGACGAUGUUGAACGAGUUGAUGGGCUGGGACUUCAGCUUCGGUCUGAUGAAUUACGGAAGCAGCGUGUAUGGCGUUCAAUUGUAUUGGUGUUGAGUCCGGCCUCUGAGUACCUCAUGUCCAGGCGGCGUUACCGACGCAUUUCGCUCGAGCAGCUACACCCCGCUGCGAUCAAACGGUUCUACCCUCAAGAGCAGACAUAUGUCUUGCGCCUCCUGCGCAGAUUCGUGGAAGAUCCGGCACCGGUGGAUAUAACGGCCCACUUCAGAUGGUUCGUGGGAGCAGUGAUGAUGAACAUCAUCUAUGGCAUAGACACGGACGCGCCCGAUGACCAGUGCAUCCGGCUCGCCAAAGAAGCAAUGCACGCGAUGGCCCUCGCCCUGGAGCCGGGGGCCUUCCUCGUUGACACGUUCCCGAUCCUCAAACACGUUCCGAGCUGGAUGCCCGGCGCCGGAUUCAAGACCAAGGCGCGCCACUGGAAAAACAUCAACCACGACUUGCAGCACGUGCCGUUUUCUGAGAGCCUCAAGGACAUGGAACGCGGCGCAGGCGCGGCCGAGUCGUUCGUCUCGCACAGCAUGUCGUCCGAGAGUCAUCCGCCCGCCAAUGCAUCGGAAGUUCGCCCACUCGCGACCGCACUGUUCGUCGCUGCGGCUGACACAUCUGUCUCCGCGCUUGGAACUUUCAUCCUGGCCAUGCUCAGCAAUCCAGGCUCGCAAGAAUGCGCCAAGAAAGAGUUAGAUGGCGUCCUGGGUGCGGGUGUUCUCCCCACGAUGGCUGACCGGCCGCAGCUGCCGUACAUCUCGGCUAUCGUCAAAGAAGUCCUGCGCUGGAAAGUGGUCACACCUCUUGGUGUUCCGCAUCACGUUGGUGUCGCGGAUGAAUACGAGGGCUACGGCAUUUCCCCGAAUUCGACCGUGAUCCCGAACAUCUGGGCUUUGCUGCAUGAUGAGGAGAUGUAUAAAGACCCAGAGGCUUUCCAACCGGAGAGAUUCCUGAUCGACGGGAAACUCAACCCGGACAUUCUAGAUCCGGAGACCAUCACAUUCGGAUUCGGGAGAAGAAUCUGCCCCGGCCGGCACCUUGCCGUGGACACCCUCUGGAUCACUAUCGCGAGCAUCCUCGCGACGUUCGAGAUCGAGAAGACCAUAGACGAGAGCGGGGAUCCGGUCGAGCCGAGCUACGCGUAUCACUGGGGAUUAGUUAGCGCCCCGGAUCCUUUUUCUUGCCAGAUGAAGCUGAGGUCGGAAGCCACUUUACGGUCGAUUUGAGACGCGUUUGACCGCCGAAAGAAAUCUAGACGUCACCGCUUCCCAUGUACGAUCAGUGAAUGAGACGACCUUUUCGGUCUAGGACUCAGAUUGUUCAUCCCUUCGGCCGAUCGGAGUAGGUAUCGAUUUCUCGCCGUGCCCCUCACUAAACUAUCCGUCUCUGGAAGUCUCUCAGAGCAAAUGUGAGUGGAC